UUGCCAAACAGACUGUGAGGUGUCUGGGCAAAGAAGUAGCGGAGCCUCCAGAGCAGACAAGACAUAGCGGCGGCCGAUUUUUCCCCGCUAGACCUGCGGCAGAAGAAGGACACGGUGCGAGCGGCUCUUGUGAUUUGUUUUGCCGAGCUUCUCGCCAUGGACGCGCGUUUGUUGAGCUUCCGCUCGGAGGCGGCCGUGGCCGUCAGGUCGGCCGCCGUGUCGGCCGAGCACCUGCAGCUCUCCUUGAAGGCCCAUCUGAGCCAGGAAGAACGCACCCUGACGCUCUCCGCCAACAAGUCGCCCGCUGACAGGAACGAAGACCUCAAAGAAAUGCUGGAGAGCAACAAGGAGUCGCAAAAACUGGAGGCCAUGAAGCGGGUCGUCGGGCUGAUCGCCAAAGGAAAAAACGCCUCGGAGCUGUUUCCCGCCGUGGUGAAGAACGUGGCCAGUAAGAACAUCGAGCUGAAGAAGCUGGUGUACGUGUACUUGGUGAGAUACGCCGAGGAGCAGCAGGACCUGGCCUUGCUCUCCAUCAGCACCUUCCAGCGGGCCCUCAAGGACCCAAACCAGCUGAUUCGAGCCAGCGCGCUGAGGGUCCUGUCCAGCAUCCGCGUCUCCAUCAUCGUCCCCAUCGUGAUGCUGGCCAUCAAGGAGGCGGCGGCCGACCUGUCGCCUUACGUCAGGAAGACUUCUGCCCACGCCAUCCAGAAGCUUUACAGCCUGGAUCCCGAGCAGAAGGAGCACCUGAUCCAAGUGAUCGAGAAGCUCCUGAAGGACAAGAGCACGCUGGUGGCGGGCAGCGUGGUGAUGGCCUUCGAGGAGGUGUGCCCGGAUCGCAUCGACCUGAUCCACAAGAACUACCGCAAGCUGUGCAACCUGCUGGUGGACGUGGAGGAGUGGGGCCAGGUGGUCAUCAUCUCCAUGCUGACGCGCUACGCCCGCACGCAGUUCGCCAGCCCCUGGCGGGAGGGGGCCGUGUUUGUGGAAAACGACGACAAGACCUUCUACGACUCGGAGCCGGAAGGGAAAAAAGAGGAAGCGGAGGCGAAAGCUUACGCGAUGGACCCGGACCACCGGCUGCUGCUCCGCAACACCAAGCCGCUGCUGCAGAGUCGGAACACGGCGGUGGUGAUGGCGGUGGCGCAGCUUUACUGGCACCUGGCGCCCAAACAGGAAGUCAGCGUGGUGACCAAGUCGCUGGUGCGCCUGCUGAGGAGCCACAGGGAGGUCCAGUAUGUGGUUCUCCAGAACAUCGCCACCAUGUCCAUUCAGAGGAAGGGGAUGUUUGAGCCCUUCAUGAAGAGCUUCUACGUCCGCUCCACUGACAACACGCACAUCAAAACACUCAAGUUGGAGAUCCUGACCAACCUGGCGAACGAGGCUAACAUCUCCACCAUCCUGAGAGAGUUUCAGACGUACGUGAAGAGUCAGGACAAAGCCUUUGCGGCGGCCACCAUCCAGGCCAUCGGGAGGUGCGCCACCAACAUCAGCGAGGUGACCGACACCUGCCUCAACGGGCUGGUGCUGCUGCUGUCCAACAGGGAUGAGGGCGUGGUGGCCGAGAGCGUGGUGGUCAUCCGGAAGUUGCUGCUGACCCAGCCCGCCCAGCACGGCGACAUCAUCAAGCACAUGGCCAAGCUCUUUGACAAAAUCACCGUGCCCAUGGCUCGCGCCAGCAUCCUGUGGCUCAUGGGCGAGUACUGCGAGCGCGUGCCCAAGAUCGCGCCCGACGUGCUGCGCAAGAUUGCAAAGAGCUUCACGGCGGAGGAGGACAUCGUCAAGCUGCAGGCCGUCAACCUGGCGGCCAAGCUCUACCUCACCAACUCCAAGCAGACCAAGCUGCUGACCCAGUACAUCCUCAACCUGGGCAAGUACGACCAGAACUACGACAUCCGGGAUCGCACUCGCUUCAUACGGCAGCUGAUCGUGCCCGGCGACAAGAGCGGCGCCCUCAACAAGUACGCUCGUCGCAUCCUUCUGGCCCCCAAGCCCGCCCCCGUGCUUCAGUCGGCCUUCAAAGGUACUCGGCGCCGACGGAUCUGCGCCAAGAGUGCAAAUUGCAACAAUCUCCGCCGCCUUGCAGAUCGAGAUCGUUUCCAACUGGGCACGCUGUCGCACAGUCUCAACAGCAAAGCCGCCGGAUACCAGGAGCUGUCGGACUGGCCGGCGGUGGCGCCCGACCAGUCCGUCAGAAACGUGGAGGUCCUUGAGCCGGUGAACGAGUGGGCGCCGCCCGUCGGGAAGGCCAAGCCUCCCAAAUCCGACGACAAGUUCUACUCGGACGAGGACGAACAGGACGAAGCGUCGGAGAGCAGCAGCGACGACAGCGGCAGCAGCGGCAGCAGCGGCAGCAGUGAAGCGUCCGAGUCGGCGAGCGACAAAGAGGACGAGAGCAGCGACGAGUCCGAUAAGAGCUCCGCCGACUCUGGGAAAAGUUCCGGCGAAUCGGAAAAGAGCUCUGACGGCUCGGAGAGGAGGAAGAAGUCCGCCGCCAAAAAGAAGACGGGCAAAGCUCAGGUGGAGAAAUGCCACGCAGCUGACAGCGACUCCGAGCAAAGUGGCGAGCAAACCAGCGGCUCAUCCACCCGAAGUUCCUCCUCGGAGUCCGGCUCGGACUCUGACGAGCUUUCUGCCGCGAAGCAGCAGAUGAACGAGGUGGAGUCCAAAGCCAAGGUGCAAAAGACAGCUGAGAAGGAAGUGUCCUUGCUGGAUCUCCAUGACUUUUUCCCGGCGCCCGCAAACACCAGCGAGUCUUCGGGGCUCUCCUCCAAUUUGCUGGCUGACCUGGAAGGACUUUCGCUCUCUGCCGUCUCCUCCUCCUCCACCACCACGCCGGUGACGAGUCGGUCUUUUGUGCCGGUGCAAAGCUACGACUUGCUUCACCACAUGAGCGGCAAGGGCCUGUCUGCAAAGUACCACUUCCCCCGCCGGCCGUGCUUGUACGGGUCCGGCACGGUGGCCGUGCAGGUCACGCUGAGCAACUGCUGCGAGCGCCCCCUGGAGGAGAUCCACGUGGGAGAGCGCGGCCCCGCCGGCCUCCAGAUUCACUCUUUCAACACCAUCGAGCGCUUGGAUCCGGAGGCUUCCGUGACGGUCUCCAUGGGCAUCGACUUCAAUGACUCCACGCAAGCGGCCAACUUCCAACUCUGCACCAAAGAGGAGCGCUUCGCUGUAUUCAUCCAGCCUGCCGUGGGCGAACUUCUGACACCCUGCGGCCUCUCUGAGACGGACUUCUGCAAAGAGCAAAGUCAACUCCGGGGCAUGAACGAAACCUCGGCGACCGUCGCCGUGGCGACGAACGAUAUGUCCGGCCAAGGCGUCGCUAGGCGAGUUCUGUCGGUGGCCAACGUGGGCGCUGUGGCCUCCUCCGAGAGUCAUCUCCACAGGUUUGCGGCUCGCACGGUGAGCAGCGGGGUCCUGGUUCUGGUGCUUCUGGAUUUGAAGGAGGAGCCGGGCGGCGGCGCCAAGUUGACCGUCAACACCGAGAAGAGCGUCAUGGCGUCCAUGUUGCUGCGAGACCUCAAACGGGCCCUCAGCCAGGCAUAGAGCUCAGCUCAGCUCCAAUUAAUUUUUUCGUCUUUUACAAAAACAUUUGCUAAUGUUUAGUACCACACGUGAGCUUUGUCGGUGAUUGCAUUUCGUCCCCUUUCUUCCAAUACAGGACACCGUUUCAAAUGCUCAAA